CUCGAUACAACAUCCAUCCUCGCAUCCAAUCCAUCUACCCUUAACGCUCGUGACCAUGUCGUUCAAACUCUCGCUCUUCUCGGACGACGGCAAGCUCAUGCCCCUCGCCAACGACGACGAAAUGUUCAUUCUCGAACGCCCGGGGGUUUCCUUUACCUGUACUACUGCGUCAGGAUCCAAGUUUAAAGCCAACGGACGCAUCUACAUCACGACGCAGCGCCUCGUGUUUUGCGCCGACAAGGGCACGACCCAGCACGACACGUUCUUUGAAGCGUUUGAAAUCCCCCUCGACAAUGUCCGUCGUGAUAAAUUCAACCAGCCCAUCUUUGGCGCGUGCAACAUCUCUGGCGACGUCUUCCCCGUACAAUACAUAUCGUCCCUAGAUGUCAUAUAUUAUUGUUCUUACUACAUCAGUAUACUUGGAAUCAUCACCACCACCCUGCAACCGACCAAACAAACUACGACGACGUGACGCCGAUCCAUUGGAAGGUGUCGUUCAACAACGGCGGCACCGGGACCUUCUUGACCGUGUUUCUCAAACUCAUGGAGCAAAAGAAAAAAGGCGACAUCGACGCAUCGUUUGUGGCCAAGCAACAGCAAAAAGCAUUUGUCGACCCAAACGACCCAAGUGUCAUCUACGUCACGCAACCCGUGCGCCCGCCUCGCAAGCCCAUGGCAUCAUGUUAACUAACCUCGAUCACCAUCUCUUAUCCCC